CUGUGAGGCAGAAAAUAAUAACCUAUUUGGGGGAAAAAAAGAUGAAAAUCAAGAAAAGGAAAUAGUAAGUCCUCAGUCUCUUUACGUCGAAUUACACGAGAAUGUGGAACUUAGAGAAAGCCAGAAAUAGCUCAAAUACUGAAAUACUGCUUCCUAUGGUGACCUUAAAUGCUUUGUAUGAUAUAUAUAUAUAUAUAUAUAAAACAGCAGACACAGACAGUAUAAUAUAUAAAACAGCAGACACACAGUAUUAUAUAUAAAAAAACAGCAGACACAUACAGUAUAAUAUAUAUAUAAAUAUAAAACAACAGACACAUACAGUAUAAUAUAUAUAUAUAUAAAACAGCAGACACAUACAGUAUACUCUUUACAUAAAACAGCAGACACAGACAGUAUAAUAUAUAUAUAUAUAUAUAUAUAAAACAGGAGACAUAGACAGUAUAUAUAUAAAGCAGCAGACACAGACAGUAUAAUAUGUGUGUUUUUAUAUAUAUACUCCAUAAAAAUAUUUAUUUGAUACAUAGUAGGAUAUAUAUAUAUAUACACACACACACACACACACACACAUAUAUGUAUAUUCCACUGACACACACACACACACAUACUAACACGCGCGUCUUUGUGCACUAUAGCUAGAGAUAUUACAAUAUAGUGGAAUUUUCAUAAAAUACUUUGACUGCUACCUUUAGCAACUCACAGACACGUUAAAAAAUGAUAUAUAUAUAUAUAUAUAUAUCCAUAUAAGUGCAUGUGGGUGUAUUUAAGGUUGGCUAGUUUGAUGGAAAGAUUUAUAUAGUAAAUGCAUUAUUUACUUUAAAAGGGGAGGUGGCAUUAUAAGAGUAUGCUAAUUAGCCGGAGAUUUUUUUUUUUUGGGGUGAGAAGGGGUGGAAUAUCAAUUUUUAUUGCAUCACCUGUCAGGAGUGUCCAAUCAGCGCUGGCUUUAGGGGGAAUUAAUUGAUGAAGGUGUCUCCGGACGGACUCACUAUACUGUGUCAUUUUAACUGGAGCUAAUGCAGGAGUGAGUGCAGCUGGCUGGUGACUCCCCAGCUCACAUUCCAAUAUUCUACAGAUAGAAUGGAGCAGGAGGCUUUAAAGGGACACAGGUAUUGAGCUCCCAGGCUCUGCCUUCAGCCUCUUCAACAAUGGAGAAUAGCUCUGACACACUGCCUGCAUGUAGCUCUGCCUAGCUAGCUGCUGUGUGUGCAUGUGUGCAUGCACAGAUAAACCCUACAUGUGUGUAUCUAUGCAUUCCUCCUCUCACAGGUUAAGGGGUAUAACAGCCUUUGUUGUUAUUUUUUUAGCAGGAUGCCUUGAGUCUGCAACACCAGCCGUUGGAUUUUCUAACCAUUUUCUUUGCCUGCAAAUGCUGGGGCUCAAGUGAUCCAAGCCAUGGGGGAUCUGGAAUCUGGAUAUGAGCUGGUGGAUGGGGUGAGACUGGGGUACCUGGUUAUUAGGGGCAAGCAGAUGUUUGCCCUGUCGCAGGUGUUCACAGAUCUCCUGAAGAAUAUCCCAAGGACUACAGUGCACAAGCGCAUGGAUUAUUUAAAAGUGAAAAAGCACCAGUGUGACUUGGAGGAGCUGAGAAAACUCAAAUCCAUCAACUCCAUAGCUUUUCAUGCAGCCAAAUGCACUCUGAUCUCCAGAGAGGACGUGGAAGCCCUAUACACCUCCUGCAAGACAGAGAGAGUCCUUAAAACAAAAAGGAGGAGGCUUAGCAGGGCCCUGGCAACAAAAGAUCUGCAAGAGGAGCUCCCAUCCCCCGGCCCUUACUCCAGAUAUUGGAAAGAGGACAAACUUUGGCUGGAAUUGAAUGAAUCUGCCCAGCCAAUAAACAGGAAAGCCUUUACUCCCAGAGACUCAGACUUGCUACCGGCAGCUCAUCUACCUCAUUUUUUUAGUAAAUACACUGGUCAGAGCUACCCAGAAAUACAGAGGUCGCCUUGCAAAAGCCCCCUAAACUAUGAAACUGCCCCCCUCCCUGGAGACUGCGUUGCGGCUUUUCACUCCAGCCUGCCCUACAUCAGGGAGGUUCUGUGCACCAAGCACCCUGCAGCCUAUUACUGCCAGCCAGCCAUUGCCCAGCCCAAACUCGGCUGCCAUGCUGGGGUGACAUACAGGUACAAAAGGAAACGAUCUUCUGCCGAAAAGGACUCUUACAGCAGCAGCCGGAGGCUCCUCUUCAUCCCCAAAACCUAUAGAUCCAAGUGCAGCUCCAUCUGUCUGGAGAGGGUCCACCUGGUCAAUGGCUUCUGCCCCCAGCAUUUGGCCACCUUGCAGGAGAGCUACAGCAGCGACUCAGAAUCCAGCUCCUACUCGGAACACGCUGCCAACGAUUCGGAUUUUGGCUCCAGCCUGUCCAGCAGCAGCAACUCUGUGUCUUCAGAUGAGGAGGAAGAGGAGGAGGGCAGUGUGUCUGAGUCCAGCGAGAUCAGCUCAGAGGAAGACAGCUCCUCCGAGUCAGACUCCAGCUCUGUGACCAGCCAGGUCUCGGUACAAAGUAUCCGUUUCCGCAGAACCAGUUUCUCCAGCCCAGCAGCUCCUGUUCUGGGUCAGACUAACCUCCUGUACCAUCAGCUCUCCAGCCCCAGCAACAAAGUAUCAAACUGUGACUUUAAGUGUGAGAGGCAGGAUGAUUGGAAUCCUCAGCAAUCCUGGGGCAGCGUGUGUUCUACCCCUGGCACUGCCAACCCUGGGCCCCACAUCAGAUGUGAUGGGGCUUGUGUCAUCCCAUUCCCACUCUCUGGGUUUUCUUCUAAUGCAAAGAGGACUGACCUAACAAUUAACUGUGUUACUGCAGAGGGGGGCUCCACACCUAGCCCAAAGAAAAACAAUGCAUUGCCACAACAAAGACUACACAGAGAGGGGAAGCAGUUCCUUCAAUCAAGCCUCACACCGUGUGUGGACAGGAGUAUUACAGCCCACAGACCCCCAAACUGUGUGAGUGCCACCUCUGACACCCAAGGCAAAGCCUCCAGACUAUGUGCCCCUGCAGAAGAGACCCCUGAGGGCUCUGCCCAGACACAUCAGGGGGGGACUGGAGACCCAUGCACUGAUUUAUCCUUUCUGCACAACGUAAAAAUUAAAAUAGAAGACAAUAAUGAAGAAUACGAAACUGCUCAGCAUAAGCUAAAUUAUGAGUGCAAUGUUGCAAAGGACGAGCUUGAUAGUGAUGUGACUGAGGAGAGUUUAUUGCAAGCUAAGGAGGACCCUGAGUGCACUGACCCUCAAACCACUUCUCAAAACCUGGUGGUGGCCCCAAGUCAGGUCCCCCCGUGCACUUUAGGUACCCCAAAACCUGAGGAUGGAGACUAUAAAUUUGGUGCUAAAGUUAGAAAAAAUUACAGAACUCUGGUGCUAGGGAAAAGACCCCUUUUACAGACCACCCCCAGUAAACCAAAUCUGAAAUCUGCAAGGAGUCCACGACCCCCAGGGAAGAGUGACUUUUGUGAAGGAACACUGGAUGGCUUUACAGUGACCAAUCGACGUAAAAGGUUAGCCAACAAUGUAGCAUCUGCAGUAAAGAGACCCUUUAAUCUCAUGGCAAAUUUCCCUUGUCCACCGUCACUAAUUAUUGGCAAAGACGGGGACUUGCUUCCAGCCUAUUCCUUAAAAAGCACAAAGGAAUAUAGCAGUGCAAACAAGGCACAUCCUAUUUGGAAAUGGCAGCUGGGGGGUUCUGCUAUACCGCUCCCCCCUAGCCACAAAUUCAGGACAUUUCACUCAUAACACAGUUGGGAAUUAUUAUAAUUUUUUUUUUAAUUGUAUCUUGAUUUUUUUUUGUUUUUCUUUUCAAUUUCUCUUUAAAACAAUUGGUUGUAUCAGCCUGUGUUUUUUUUUUUUAAAUUUUAUUAUAAUUAUAAUUAUUAUUACAUGGAAUCGCUGUCUCUGAAGAAUGAAAGUUGGAUACAUUAUUUUGCAAUAUGGAGCUUGUUUAUGUUACAAUCUACAGACUACUUCAAGCUAAAACACACAUUAGCCCUGAUCUUGAAUGGAUACAUUGAAACAAUUUUACUGUUAGAUUUCUUACAAUGCACCGGUACCUCAAUUCAUCAACAACAUACAAAAUGUCAAAAAAAAAAAAAAAAAAAGCAUUUCUUAAUAAUAAAAGAAAAAAAUAUUAUGAGCCAUUGCAUUUUCUGCACUACAUCUGAAAAUGUGGAAGUCUGACUGUGAAUUGAUUGCACAGUGUGUUUCACUUUAAAAAUCUGUGGCAGUUUUUUUUUUAGAAUUAGCUUGAAAAGGUGUACAUAUAUAUAUAUAUAUAUAUAUAUAUAUUGCUUUUUUUUCAAUGAGCAGUUGCACUUAAAACCUUUUGUUCUUAUGGACUGGAAGGGUAUUGGGUUGGAUUUGAACAAAACACAAUUGGGGGGAAAAAAAGACAAAAAUGUCAUUGUAUUCUUGUUAAAUGCCUUAUAUAGUUUCAGUAUAGUUUAUCAUUUCUAGAUCACAAACACAGACAAACAAACAAGACAAUACACACGUAGCUAAAACAGCAGACACAGGCAAUUUAAUGUGUGCAGGGGAGGUUAACUGUGAAAAAUAAAAGUGUGAAUACUUUUUAGAUCAUGGUGUAUAGGGCUUUGACACACCAGUCAUUUAAGUUGUGAUGAACUGCCUAUAUUUUAUUCUAAACUUGAAUAUUCCAAUAACCCUGACAGACACAGGAGUUUUACUGCACGUGACAAUCAGAAUCUGCCUUUGCACUUAAAACUAAUAGGAUAUAUUCAGAAUUGUUGAGAUCUUUUUUUUGGUUAAAUACAUUUUUGCUUUGUUAUCUAAUGUUGUGGUGAAAACAGUAAAAUGCCAUCGUAUGGGAAAUUGCACUGUUGAAAAGCAUGUUUCAGAGAGAAAAACAAAACACUGUUUUAAAAUGAAACAGAUUUAAAUUCAAUCUGAAUUAUUCCAGCAGUAGUUCUGAUCUAUAUAUAUAUAUAGGGAUGGUUUUGUGGGGGAGGGGGAUAAGGGGGGUCCAGGUUUUAAAUAGGUGCUCUGUAAACAUUUUGCAUUAAAAAAAAAAACUGUGUUUAAUAAUUAAACGAGCAGUGUUUUAUCUGGAAGGGGUUCUGUUUGCCAAACUUUACCUUUAAAACAAAAAACAACAACAAAAACAUUUGUGCUAUGUUUUUUUUUAAUUCUAAAUAUAUUUAUGCAUAUGUAAAUAAAGUAAAAAGAAAUAAAAAAAAACAGGGUUUAAUUUCGACACGUUUUCUAAGCAGGCCUCAUUGUGAAUAUGGCGUAUAUGCACGAAAGAUCAGUCUAUCUCUUUAAAUAACAUGGACGUAUUAUUAUUUUAUUUUAGCUUUUAUACACACAAGGCAAUAUCGAUACUUUAAUAGUUCUUUGGAUUGAAAACAUUCUAAAUGACAAUAUGGGAUUCUAAAUGCUUCUAAUGUGUGUGAUUGCCACCAUCUACCAGACUGAUUCAAAAC